AGCCCCGCCGGCCCCCUCCGCCGCCGCCUCCUGCAGCCGCCCCCGCCGCUCGCCCCCGCCAUGCCCGGCCCGGCCGCCGGCAGCAGGGCCCGGGUCUACGCCGAGGUGAACAGCCUGAGGAGCCGCGAGUACUGGGACUACGAGGCGCACGUCCCGAGCUGGGGUAAUCAGGACGAUUACCAACUGGUUCGGAAACUCGGCAGGGGAAAAUACAGCGAAGUCUUUGAGGCCAUAAACAUUACCAACAACGAGAGAGUGGUUGUGAAAAUCCUCAAGCCAGUGAAGAAAAAGAAGAUAAAACGAGAGGUUAAGAUUCUGGAGAAUCUGCGAGGUGGCACCAACAUCAUUAAGCUGAUUGACACUGUCAAAGAUCCAGUGUCAAAGACCCCAGCUUUGGUGUUUGAGUACAUCAAUAAUACAGAUUUUAAGCAACUGUACCAGAUCCUGACAGACUUUGAUAUUCGGUUUUAUAUGUAUGAGCUCCUCAAGGCCCUGGAUUACUGUCACAGCAUGGGGAUCAUGCACAGGGAUGUCAAACCCCACAACGUCAUGAUAGACCACCAACAGAAAAAGUUGCGGCUCAUAGACUGGGGUUUGGCCGAGUUCUACCAUCCAGCUCAGGAAUACAAUGUCCGCGUGGCCUCGAGGUACUUCAAAGGACCGGAGCUCCUUGUGGACUACCAAAUGUACGACUAUAGCUUAGACAUGUGGAGUUUAGGCUGCAUGCUGGCCAGCAUGAUCUUCCGAAAGGAGCCCUUCUUCCAUGGCCAGGACAACUAUGACCAGCUGGUUCGCAUUGCUAAGGUUCUGGGCACAGAUGAACUGUAUGGGUAUCUGAAGAAGUACCACAUAGAACUGGAUCCGCACUUCAAUGAUAUCCUGGGACAGCAUUCGCGAAAACGCUGGGAGAACUUCAUCCAUAGCGAGAACAGACACCUGGUCAGUCCUGAAGUCCUGGACCUUCUGGACAAACUUCUGCGAUAUGACCAUCAACAGAGACUGACUGCCAAAGAGGCUAUGGAGCACCCAUAUUUCUACCCAGUGGUGAAGGAGCAGUCCCAACCCAGCUCAGAAAAUGCUGUGCUCUCCAGUGGCCUGACAGCGGCACGAUGAAGGCUGGAAAACAACGGGUCCGAUGCUGUUCCUCCCAAUUUUCCAUAAGCAGAACAAGAACCAAAUCAAACGUCUUAUCAGCGUGUGUACAGAGCUGGCGGCCAGACGGCGUUGCGGUGGCAGGUGACGAGACCAGAGACCGCACCGGCUCCAUGGCACCCACCAGUUUAUAAACACAAACCUUACUUCUGAAUGUAAAAGGUUCCUCGGCCUUUGACUUCCUGUUGACCUCUUCCUGACCCAGAAAGCAUGGAAAAUGUGAAGGGUAUGCAAAACAGUUGUUGGCUAAUGUUGCUUCCCCCCCAUGUUCGCCUUUGCCCCCCUGAAUCCCAGCAUAACAUAUUAACUAGCUGGCUCCAGACUUGAUGCAGCAGGGAGGGGACAGCAGGGGGGAAAUGCGGCAUGAUGGACAGUUCUAUAUUAUAAUUAAAGGAAUUCUAUAUUAUUGAAUAAAAGUUUUAAAAGAAUUGUAUGGAGAGUAUUCAGUAUGGAAGGAGCCAUGGGGCGUGCCCCCCUGCAGUGGAGGAUGCUGGGGCUGGUCGGAUCCCUUCCUGGUGCUGUCUCCUGCCAUUCGCUUGUUUUCUGUUGGGGGGGAAGGGGGGGAGAUUGAAUCUGUUGUACAAAAUCAUUUGAAGUGCAGUGGUGGGCUAGAGCCCGCUGUCUCCAACUACUGGACGGGCUUAAGCAGCCGGGCUAACAGAGGACAGGAGCUCGUAAAUCGAUAGGAAAACUCCACACUGGGCCUAGCAUCUUUCCCUCAAUGUCAAGCUCCUUUGGAGGCCUGGAUAAACACUAGACGCUUGGUCCCCCAAGUGGUGUCUGCACCGCAGCAGAGGGUGAGACUGGCUGCCACUUUUAGCUAGUAUCCCAUUUCCCUCCCCCUGCCUCUCAGUGAAUGGCAGAGCCAGGAAAGGCAUAAACACUUUCUCCUUCCCUGCCCCAGCUGAGAAGGAAGUGGUACAGGGUGGGGUCUUUCAAGAGAUGUCCUAAUCAAGGGAGGCCUUUGCAACUAUAAUUCAGUCUGGCUGCCUGGAGAUCUCAGCUGGGUUUAAAAAAGGAUAAGGAGAGAGCUCCCCUGUCGGCACUAACACCCCUGAUAUGGACACACACUGUGGGUGACUUCUGUCCUCUGCCCCAGCCCUCCUGAGCAGGGAAGAGGCUCAUUUUCGUUAAUCCUAAACACAGUGGACUCCCUACCGUCACAGUUCUCUGUGGGGACCAUUGAGCCCCCUGUUCUCUCUCCUCCCCCUCCACCCCCCCCAGGCAGAACCAGCAGCGCUCACAAUGCUUCCUCUUUAGUGACUGCUCCCUGGAGUGCUUCUGACUUCUUCCUUGGCCACUGCCUUGAGCUGCACCUCCAUCUGGGUAGUGAAUUGAACCAGCUAGUGGACUAAACCAGGGUUUUCUCCCCGCUCCUUCCGUCCCUCUAACCCCUGCUCACAUCAAACCUCUAUCCUGCUAGCAGUAGUGGUGCCACUUGCGUUUCCUGACACCUUGGUUAAGGAAGAGAUCUCUCUCGGACGGGUGGGCACAUCCCUGUCACGGCAGCCAACUCGUCGCCUGCUCAGUCGUCAAGUGUGUAUCCCAGCUGUGUCUCUGCACUAGGCAGGCAGCAUUUCUGAGCCAGUGAGCUCGAGCUUGAGAUUGACAAACCCGGACGCUUGAAGCUACUUUUUAAAAUUCCAGCAGGACUCCAAUUCUACUUUUGUCAUUUCUUUUCUCUGGCUCUCCUCUCUGCCUCCAGCUCCCCUUGCAUAGUUUUUAUCCAGCGCCUUGGUACUGAAGCUGUCUGUUGUAAGGCUACCUCUGAUAUAAGGCUAUCUGCUGUAUAUUUUGUCUCCUGGCUCUUUGGAAGCUCAUUAUAAAUACCUCUUUAUAACAAGCACCUCCCUGUAAUGUACAUUUAGUAUCUUCGAAGCCUUAUAGAAGUGGUGCUAUGUAUGUGUGCGUGUGUAUAUAAACUCUGUAUUUAUUAUCUGUUUCCAUGUGUGGGUCUGUGUAACUAGGGCAGUGCUGGGCACUGUGUGUGCAGAUGAGGGAUUUGCUUAAGGGGAAAAAAUAUGCAGGUGGAAUGUUAAAAUGGACUCUAUGCCUUUAACGUGUUGUGUCCUCUGCCACUCCCUACUUAUCAGCCUCCUAGUUGUGAGCAUGUUCCCAAGAAUACAUGCCAGCCCUGCUUGGUUUUUCAGGGCCUUGGAGCGGAUGGGGACAGGUCCCUGGGGAUGUCUUCAGUAAGCCUUCCCCAGAGGCAACUGAUUUAUCUCUAGCUAUUAACCCUGGGCCCAUCCCUGAAGCAUCUUGGCCUUUUGUUCCAGGAAGAGCAGCUAUCUUCUGGGGGUCACAAGGAAAACGGUCACUCUUUGGCGCUCAGUUGGGGUUUAGCUGUAGUUCAUAUCAGCCCAGGACUGUGUGUAGGCCAUAAAGCAUGAACUCUGAGCUGAAAGCCAUCAUGAACCCCAGUUUCCAGGCUAGAGUAUGAAAUGCAUCAAUGUAGUAAGAGCACAGUGAGCUCAUUCAAGAGCGAAUGGGCGUCUGAUGCCGUGAUCCAGCAAAGAACUUUACAGGAAGGAAUUGAAAUAAGCAAGGGGCAUUUGUUGCCUCUUAGCCUCCAGGUGGCUCACCUGAUGGGGGUGAGGAAAAGAGAGGCCUCAUUUAAGGACUAACAGAUACCACUGUCACUGUGUUGGAGGCCCACCUGCAAUAUGCUAGUUCCCUCCACACAGUUAAAAUAUGCUUCAGACUUGCCUGUGUACCUAGAACUAAAGCGUUUGCCAGAUCAGGCUGUAGCCCGCGUCGGUCACGCCCAUUGGAACAUGGUCCCAUCUGCACAGGCACACCACAAACGUGACGCCCUGCUGUGUUGUAACUGGGUAUCCCAGCGUUGUAGUCUUUGUCGUGUAGAUGGGAGAGCCUGGUAGCUACGGUAACCUGACUCCCGUCAUGUUCAAAUCCAGCCUGGGCCUCCCUUUAUGCUUAACAUCACCUUGUUAAAAUGGCCUGGCCCUGAGGAACAGUUUCACCAGGGAAAGGAACUUGAUGCACCAUCCAUACAGGGUGCUACGGAACCGCAUAGAAAGAGGUCUAGAUCUGUUUUCAGUUACAAUAUGCCAAUUUGCAUAGCACAGUGUCUUCCUACAGCAUCCCAGCCUCCAUCUCAUCACUCACCUUUCUCCCACCGCCCUCCCUCUGCUCAUCCUUUCCACCAUGUGCACCCUACCCCCUGUUUGAUACAUCCUCAGUCACCUGUCCUUAAAGGGGCACUGUUGACUACUUUUUUCAUUUUCAUUUUCUUUUUUCUUAUUUGUAAUACCCUCAGAGAAGCUCCCGAAAUAAACCAGUCUUUGCCUACCAAUCGGUGUCUUCCAUUUGUCAAAAUACUGAGCCUUUUCCUCCCCACCUCGCUCGUCUUUUCAAAUCCUGCACAGGCAAACGUGACUUCCAUCCUCUCCACCUCCUGGCCUUGUCAGUGUCCACCCAGGGCUAGACCUGUCCUGAUAGGCUCAUGCUGGAGCAGCGUGAUGGAUGAUCUAUCUUUUUGCUGGGGUUUGGUGAAACUAGGAAGUAGCCUAAAAAAAAAAAAAAUCAGCAACAAAGUGGAUUUAAGAGGAAAGAGAGAACUUCCUUCUGGCUGGUACUGAUUUUUAAGAUAGGUCAAAUUUUGGAUCUUGGGCUACUUGACAGUGCCCCUUUAACUUCUUGAGCUCUUGUCCAGCGACAGACACACCUCCUCUGCUUUGUCCCAGUCUCCGCUUAGUGAGUGUCUGUGUUAGUCAGGAUUCAGCAAGCAUGACAGUUUCAGAGCCUUCAUCCUUGGUCUUCCCCUGUGUUCAACUUUCCCAUCCAAAAGAAGCCGUCUGUUCGACAACUACUCUUGCCUUCAUGUUGUAGACGUUCCUUUCCUUCAAAGUUCUUUUCUUGGCCUGCUCAUUGGAUGGGCCCUUAUCCAUUCCCUCUCCUGUGUGGUCAUGUGGUUCUACCUUAUCUUCAAAGAGCUGCCAGUGCCGCUGAGAUCUUAGAAGCUUGUUCUAUUUUUGAAGUCAUUCUGCUUCACAAAGUGCAAAAGAAGUUAAAACUGAGCCACAGUUUUGCCUUGCCAUUGUGAAAGGCAUAGGCUGAGGUUCUGACUUAUAUCCAGUAUGUGUCCAGUGUCCUUACAAGUCUGGGACUCAGCAGUAUCCUUCCUCCUCUGUUGUCUUAUCUUUGAUGGGGGAAAUAAAUUAAGGACUAGUGCUCAGCUCCUCAUAGGUAUUUAGCCUCCUAACUCCCAUUGAAAUCAAUUGAUUUCAAUGGGAGUUAGGAGGCUAAAUACCUUUGUAGAUUUGGGCGUAACUUCUGAUCUCCUUUCUCCUGGUGAAUAGUAUCUUACUUCACUGAUGUCAAUGGAACCAUUCAUGGAGUUCAGAUGAUACUCAGUCUAGAUGACAGUCAAAAUCUGGCCUGACAAUGUUUUCCCUUUUCUUAGUUUCCUUCCCCAAAGUUAACAUAAAGUGUCGAACUCAAAAUCCUGUUGACCACCUCAGCAUUUUGCAAUGGUCAGCUUCACCCGGGAAAAGUUCCCACAAGCAUCCCCAUGCCAUUAAACUGGCAAAACCAAAGACCUCAUAUUAGUCAAAGCUCUAUAUUAUUUAAAUGGUGACUUGCUAGUUUGUCAUCUCUUGCCACCAGAUACCAUUCCAACAAGCUCUGAAAGUUCCCAGUGUAUGAACUACGUUCAUGGAGGGGGGAAUGUUCAUGUUUUCCAAAAUAAUUCCUGUCACUAUGUAAACUUACUUUUUUUUUUAAAAGAGAAAUCUAAUUUUCAAGUUGAAAUCACUGAAAUGUCGAACUAUGAAAGUCUGCUGCAUCUAUCACACUAGCUGUUCUAUUGGCUUAAAAGCAUCAGACCUCAAAGUCUGAGCCACACUCUGUUAAAAAGUCCCCUGAGAAAUGUGCUGUGGGAUUCUGGUACCGUCAUCCUCUAGGCAAAGAUUUGCUCUGCUGCUUUGGCCCCUUAAAUCCAUGAUCUCAUUAUGGUCUGGUAUAUUAUGGAGUCUCAUCCACCUGCAUUUAUUUUCCCCUUCAUUAUUGCUAAGGAUGGUGGCAUGAAAACAGGAUUUCAGAGUAAAUCUGUUCUUGCUUCUACUUUUUCACCGGUAACCAGUUAUGUCCUGGCGAUUUGCUGGGCAAAUAACUGUUGUCCCUUUCAUAAUUGUAACUUUAGAUGGGACAUGAGCAGAAGGCUUAACAUCUUCUGUUUCCAUCCUAACUGGCGUUCGAACUGGAAAACAAAGGGAACAAGAAGCUGCCUAGAAACAGGCUUGUUUCUGUCUCUUCCAUUCUGCUAAGUCUUUUGUAGACUCAGUGGCUGAGAAGCUUGGGUCUUGCUUUGGUUGGCUUGUGCAGAUAACCCCAUUAGGAAUAAUGGUGGUUCGUGCUAUCCGCUCUUCAUUGAGCGAUGAUGACCACUCUCAAAACCACAUGUGGCAUUUCUGCUCUGCGUAAGUUUCACAGUGAUUUUUAGCUCAAGCAAACAAAUAUCUUGCUGUCUUCACUGUCCCUGCAUUUAUAUCAGCAUAGAUUCCAAUACCUCUUCUAGACAAAGGUUUGUUCUCCAGUUAGUUUAAUCUUCGGUAUAUUCUAUUCCCUGUUGAGGGAAUAGAGGUUCUGUGUGAGUAGAUUAAGCUUUUCCGUUGCCCAGGACAAAAAUUAAAGAUAUUGCCUCCUGUCCAUACCACCCCAAAAGGUGGGCAGGAAGUAAAAAUGUGCAUCAAGCCCAGUUGUGAGCCAAGAGCCAUGUGAGGAGCUAUAGCAAAACACACGAUUGAGUAAGAUUAAAUAGCAAAUGAAAGAUGUUGAUGAAAAAUCUUCUGGCUCCCUUUUGACAUCAAGAUGUUGAGCUUGUCUGGCCUAUAGUUAAAUACAGAUUGUUUCCUUGCUCUUCAAAGAUGGUAUAAGGGCUGGUCAAGAUAAUGCCCUCGGCUGUGUUUUGUCUAAUUGGGUUGCUAGUCCUUGAACAAUGAGCAUGUAACAUCUCUUUAUGGGGAAAAGAGGACUCCUGGUUAUUCUGAAAAAAGCUCUCUUACAAUAGCUUCUUGUAGACCUCCACAGCCAGGGCUUGAUCCCCAGCCCAUCAAAGUCAAUGGAAAGACUCCCAUUGAUUUCAAUGGGCUUUGGAUCAUGCCCUCACUCACGUGAUAUUUACAAGUUACUGUGAAGCAUGUGUAUGAUUAGAUGAAUAAUUAUUGAGAGGAAGGAUUUAUUAUCUUUAUAAUUCUCUUCCGUAAACAUGUCCAGCGCUGUUGGUUUUCAGAGGGGCACCUAGAUUUGACAUGUCUUGUGCCAGUAUUUUAGAGGGUUCCUGAAGGUCUCACCACCUUGAAAGUCAUCUAAUCUCCAGGGUAUUCUGUAGAAAAAAAAAACCCCAAAUUCUUUGGAGGAUGAUUUUAUUUUUGGAGCUGGACCUUCAUUUACUGUCUCAGAACCACAGAAUUCUGGAGGGCUCUUCCUAGCAUAUUUAAUAUGAAAAAAACAGAGUAGAGACUAGUGCACAGUUGCCAAAACCCAGUGCCCACACACACUGGAAAUUAAAGGGAGAGUUUAAUAUACCAACAGCUUCUCUGGUGAUCAGAUGGACUUGGAAACAUUUGCCAUUUUCAGGGGUCACAGAAUCAGUUAGGUUAAGGUGCCUUUCCAGGGAGUGCUGCAAGGUCCUGAUCCUGCCCACUGAGCAGACUCCUGUGCCUAUCUGGGCUCCCCACUGACUUCAGUGGGGCUCCACACAGACACAGGGUCCAGGUCAGCCUGCAGGAUCAGGGGCCAGGUUUGUACAGCUGGAGAUUAGGGGCUUGGUCCUGCUCCAAUGAAGUCACUGGGAGCAAGACUGGGACACAGGUUAAAACAGUUUUCUCUCCAGCGCAAUACUGGGCUGGGAUUUUCAAAGGCGUUGAAAGGAGUUAGGUGCCUAAAUCCCAUUGAAAUUUCAUGAGUGUUGGAGAUCUAUCUUCCUACCUUAGGCUUCUUUACAAAUUCCAGCCUUCGAUAUUAACACAUAUUAGCAUUCCGUUAGGUGACUGUGUUUUUUAUGCCUGUUUUUAGCAUCGUUUCCUGCAUUACACGUCUCUUGGGAGGAGGAAAGAGAAUGGAGAUGCCUUGGAUAAAAGUUGAAAUUGCCUUGGUUUUUCUUUAGAAUUCACUGAGAAACUAGGACAAAUGGUUUGAAACCACAAAAUGUUUCCAUUUAUAUUCCUCCUGCAAAACAGCUAGCAGUAAGAUGUGUGCCUGGACAGCAUCUGCACAGUGGAUGAAUGAGGAGCUGGGCUGUUCAGAACGGCAGCUGUAUAUUUGCCCUAAUCUCAUGUGUUAACAGACUGGAUUUAUGGAGUCAUUUAUUUAAUUGUGUUGUAUAAAGUGUUUGUACUCUAACCAAUUGACUAAAUAUAGUUCUAAUUUUUAAA